CUCUCUCAAGGUCACCUCCGUGCUUUUAAUAUUCACUUUCCAUGUAAUGCUAUUUCACAGUUUGUAUAGGUCAAGUUCACGGUUUUUCUGUAUAUCUCGGAUUGUCUGUUCAAACACUUCAAGGUCAAUUGUCGCUGCUAUGACACAUCGCGAGUCAAUACGGCCUGUCGUUACGUCAGAUCUAUGUUCUCAGGACUUCGAUUCUGUUGUACUUGUAGUUGAAGACGUGUCAGAUGCAUCCUCGUUUACACCUCUUUUUGAAACGUUACAAGAAGCAUCACAGGUGAACCAGAAAUUCUCUUCAGAUGUCCACACCUUGACUUGUCGUUCUUUACCAUCUAAACGUUUGGUCGUUUCGUUUACUGGUCACCUUGAUCAAGAUAUUGAUGAUGCUCGUCGAAUAACUGAAGCAUCAACGAAAGGUAUAUCUCAGGCUAUCAAAGUCGGAUCUAAAAGACCUCUCCUUCUGUUGGGUCCAUUGAAAACGGCUAAAAAGUUGGAACACUCUUGGCUUGAACCAUCCGUUUCCUGUUUGGCGUCUUUGCUCGGUGCCUUCCAUGCUUUGUAUGUGCCCCUCGAAGUUCGUGAGUUUGACCGUCCGGAAGGUUCUACAUGCACAAAACCUAUUCAGUCACAAAAAGCUGAAGUCCUGGGUUGGUUUUCUGGGACACAUUACGCAGUAGACCACGAGAAACUUACUGGAUUGGCGUGGUGUUUGGAAGAGGGUCUACGAGUAGCACGUGAUAUAGGUGGAUCUGACCCAGAACGUAUGAGUGCAAAGAAUAUAGUGACGUACCUUCAAAAAGAAUUGACAGAACCUGUUCAGAUGACUGAUUGUCCUGUUGAUCGAGGGCUUUACCCUCUGGCAGCUAUAGUAGAUCGUGGAAAUAAUGAAAGACAUCGUGGUCACGUUGUACACUUAGAAUACGAUGGAUCUACACAAUCACAAAUUGAUCCUCAGCAAAUAGUCAAUUUAUUUUUAGUUGGUAAAGGUGUUACCUAUGAUACGGGUGGCUCAGAUCUUAAAGUUGGAGGUAUUAUGGCUACGAUGCAUCGGGAUAAAUGUGGUGCAGCUGCUGUGGCCGGAUUUUUCAAAAUUUUAAACUUAUUGAAACCGAAAAACCUAAAGGUGCAUGGUACUUUAGGUUUAGUUCGUAACAGCAUUGGUGAAAAUGCUUAUGUAAGUGAUGAAAUAGUAACUUCACGUGCUGGAGUACGGGUUCGCGUGAACAAUACUGAUGCUGAAGGUCGAAUGGUUAUGACUGAUUUAUUAUGUGAAGCUAAGGAGAAGGCAUUGAAAGUAUCAAAUCCACGACUACUGACAAUCGCUACUUUGACUGGUCAUGUUGGGUUAUGCUAUGGACUAGGAUAUACGGGUAUCGUUUGUAAUGGUCCGGCUAAAGAACUUGGAGAAGAUUAUGACUAUCAGUUUGCUGGAUCAUUGUUAGGUGAAAUGCAUGAAAUAUCAACACUCCGACGUGAAGAUUAUGAUGCGCAUAAAACUGAUGAAGAAUAUUCUGAUUUAUUGAAUUCUGCUCGUCUGAUUGGUGGGAAACGUAGCAGAGGGCAUCAGUCUCCAGUCGCAUUUAUGAUUAUUGCAUCUGGUUUGGACUCCGUACGUCCUAUUUAUUAUUUAAAACAAUUAGUCUUUUUGAUAUCUUUCAAUAGUGUAAUAAGGAAACGAUGUGAUGUUACGGAGAAAAACGUUGAAGAAUUUUUAUGCUAUGAAUUCAUACAUCUAUGUAUAGGUCAUAGUACAUUGAGACUUACUACACUUUUGACAACGAAAAAGUUUUUCUACAUCACCCUACCAUUCAGAGAUUAGUCUAGUAGCCUUUUAUUGAAACAUAUCAUUUUCCAGUAAAAUGUACUAUGUGGCAAAGGUCAUUGCUAUUGAUAGAGCGAGGUCCAUGCUUCGCUGAGAACCUAAACGGGAUGUAAACGACUGAGUCACAUCCCACUGUGUUUAUCACUUUACAUGUGUUUGUGAUCACAAAUAUGUAGGAAGCAGCAAUUGUGAUUUGCAAAUGAGGGUGUUUUAACAUGUACCAUCACAGAUGGAAUCAAAUAACCAAAUAAGAGUAGAUGGUAAGCAUCUAUCGUUAUCUCUUUCUAAACUCAUAAUUGAAACAAGCCAUAAGAUUGAUAUUAACUAGGCUUACGUGGUUUUCUGCAAAAGUGUCCAAUGGUAAAUACUAAGUUAUAUUGAAGCUUUGACCUUACGGAAACUGAAACCCACUUUAAUGUGUUCAAAAACAGUUUGUUAAGUUUUGCACUAUUUUCUUAAACAUUAUUUUCUUGAUUAUCAUUGUUUUCUCCUACCUUCCAUUUGUCAAGUUUACCUUUCGACUUUUCGUAUAUAAAUGUUAUUAACAAAUAUAUGUGUGAUCAGAUUGUUCGAAAAGUAAAUUCCAAUCAGUCAGUAACAACAUAGAACUUCGUACGUACGUACAUCAGUUUGAGUUGCCAUACCACAUUAGCACAGAGAUACGAUUGUCGAUUCAAAUCCCAUAGUGGUAGAGGCGGUAAGAAUAUAAGCAGUAAUCGGAAACAUUAUGAUUUGAAGAUGUUAUUCAAGGAGUAUAAUCCAGUGAAAUAAAUUUGGAAGCAGAAAAAAAGAGACAUGGAGGAUUCAGGAGAUUAGAAUUCGGGAGAACACAAAGAGUGGAUGCACCUGCGCCACUGCAAACGAUUUUGAGCCACGUCAUCCAGGGUCUCAAACCAUCGGUUGUUAUCAUCUCGCGGUCCCCAACCAGGUAGUCUACACCUACCAACAUGACUCACUCCACUUGACAGUGACUUCAUGGACUUGUGUCAUGUUUUGGUCUGGCAUCCCCUAACUUUCUUCCAAUUUACUCCUAUACCACUGAACAUCGCACGUCGAGGCAGUCGGUGGUUGGGUAUACGUAACACAUGUCCCAGCCAUCUCAACUGAUGAAGUUUCACUACGUCAUCAAUUGAUUUGCCAUCCUUACUUAGUACCCGUUCUUUUCUCGAUGAAUUCGUUUUCAAAGCUGUACAAUCCUCAAUAUAUAAUUGUUUUUUCCAAAAUGAUAAUAUUUAAAAAAUAAUAGUAAUAAAAUUCUGUUAAUUAAUUCAUUGGAACACAUUAACUUUGGUACAAUCGGGCGCCAAAUACAUGUGCGCCACACGAUAACAAUGAGGUUGUGAAGAUAUAGAGAAUAUAAAGUGCGUAUAAUAAAAGGUAGAACAAACAGAACUUAGUGUAUUAGCGUGCAAUAAUAAUAAUAAUGGGAGAGGCAGUUCAGUUAGCAGAAAUACAACAAGAAAGAAUUCUUUCAGUUACGUUCAUUUUUUACCAAAAAUGUUACAGCAGGAUCGGCACCGGCUUCUGUUCUUUAUCAUGUCUGACAAGUCACUGUGUUGCAACAUCUCUAAGAAGAAUCAACAGAAGUCAGUCCUGUACAGCUUUCUUUCAUAUCACGAUGCUAUGUCGUACACUGACCACCUUUCAACAUUUCCCAACCAGUCUCAACGUUGUCAUUUUCUGGGAUGGCACUUGUAGAACAUGUCAAAAACACUGAAUUCAAUUUUCCAAGGUGGUUAUACCAAUUGAAUUAUCAUCUCUGCCCGAACACACGAUGCUGAACCUCUGCAUUACUAACAUGGUGUUGCCACUGGAUGUCAGUAAUCCGUCGGAGACAACGAUAAUCAAACACAGUGUCAUCUAACAUCCUCAACUCAGAGAGGCCAGGUUUCACAAGCAUAGAGGAAAACUACUCUCAAUGACGCGUCGUAGAUCCGAUCUUCUACAGCCAGGUUAACAUCACCAGUCUAUGAGGUCACUGCCAAUUAAACUGAGUUAUAAUAAUCGGUGGUCACAGACUUCGUCCACAUUGGCGCAUAUACAUUGACCUUUUAGCUUCCUUUAGAACUUGAUUCUCAAGGUAUCCCUAUGUUUUUUUCUUUUAUUUUUCUACCAUUAUUGGUUUUUCUACUACUCUGGGAUUUGCCUUGGUUAUUUCGUCUCGUCUUACACUUUGUAUACACUAAUACCACUCUUAUCAUCUCAGAUAAUUUCCAGUUUUAGCCAAUCGUGUCUCAUGUCACGGUAAGGAUUUUUGUGUAGUUUUAUCUCUAUUUUCGUCUUACGCCCGCUUUUUAGAGAAUUUAAUUUAUCUAAUUUGUAAGUAUAUCUUAUAUGUAAGAGGGCAUUGUACGCGUCAUUCGAUAACCACUGUGAUCAAAUUGUGACACUUCUAUUAUUCGUUUAGUUAACUGGACAUUACAUUAACAUGUAUUACUAGUCGUUUAAAUGCUUUCGUCAUUGAAUGACACAACGACAAUCUUUUUAAUCAAAAUAUUUAUUUCUUUAUAACUUCCCUAGCAUUUGAAAAAUACUGAAAAGCCUUUGUCGUACACACAUAUGGAUAUCGCUUCAAGUAAUGGUCCUUGUCCUGGCAUUCCAACUGGUACGCCUAUUUUAACACUAGCAUCGCGUUACAUUCUUCCAGAACAGAUGAAAUGGCCUAAUAGAAAGGUGUAAAAAUGAUCGAAUUGUCGACAUUUUUAUUAAGUUAAAUGUUGAUAUGAACGAUUUUCAAGAUAGUAGGAACUUGUUGUCAAGUCGGGUAAUAGUUUUGAUUCACAGCUGAUGUAACAAUGUACUUUAUAAUAAUUGUUUCUUAUAGCCUUUUUAAAUUUUGGUACUCAUGUAUUACAUCAUUUAGUAGUAAUUUGUUGUUAAGUCGGGUAAUAAUUUUGAUUCACAGCUGAUGUAACAAUGUACUUUAUAAUAAUUGUUACUUAUAGCCUUUUUAAAUUUUAGUACUCAUGUAUUACAUCGUUUAAACCUUUAAUCAAACUAUCUUAAAUGGAUUUUUUAAAAGUUCAAUGGUUUGUUUUCAUUAUCACGUUCUUGGAUUGUUGUACCGUACUGCUCGUAGUUGAACAGUUGUCUUAAUUUCUAAGGCGUUUUGCUUUCAACCACUAACUCUCAGGAUUGAAUCUCUGUUUGUAUGAUCAACUGACUAGUAUCACUAACCAUUAUACAUUCAAAAUGUUUGCGACGGAACCAAGUACACUAGUCUGAGUUAAUAACAAGGAUUUACUUACUUACUUACGCUUGUUACUCCUCGUGAAGGAGCAUAGGCCGCUCACC